CAGAGCUGCUAGGGGCGCAUGUCUGCAGCAAAGGCAGACAAGGAGCGUCUGUCUGAUGAAUGGAAAGCCAGACGGGCUCUGCUGUAGACUGCGGUGAUCGGAUAACCUGUUGAAUUGCAGCUGUCAGUCAGCUCCGAGCCUUCCAGGCAACACAGCCAGCAAAAAUCACUUAACACGAGAAACAGCGCGUUGCCACUAUAAGAACAAAAAGUCGCUUUACGGUUUUGCAGCUGAUGGUUAUUCCCAGAGAUGCGCUGUUGCCAGCCAGGGAGGUGGAGACACCUUGCCACCCCCUCCUCCGUCCUUGACUGAAAGCACCAACUAAUUUUUGCACAAGGGAGACUCUUGAAGCACUCCCAGAGCCCUAGAAAUGGAGACUUCCGAAGACUAUCGUACUAGUAACGGCAAAUGCUCUCCUGGUAAGGAGAACUCGAGAAUGUUGGCGGAUAUAUCAGCACCUAAUGGAGAGACAGUUCCUCAGGGUCCUAAUUCCCCUGGUGAACUGACAAUUAAGCAAGAAGAAGAAAUCAUGGACGAGUCUGACAACAGAAGUCCAGCAGUGGAAGAAAUAGGCCAAACAGGGGAAGAAGGAGUAGCACUAGAGGAAUCCAUGAGUGGCAGCCCAAGCAACGUACAGGAUGGGUUAUCUGGGCCAAAUGUGACAGCCGAAUCAGGAAAUCGAUCAAACGGAGACAGGCCGUUCCAGUGCAACCAGUGUGGUGUGUCGUUCACCCAGAAGGGAAACCUGCUACGACACAUCAAACUCCAUACAGGUGAAAAACCCUUCAAAUGCCCCUUCUGCAGCUACGCCUGCCGGAGGCGCGAUGCCCUCACUGGUCAUUUGCGCACUCAUGCUGUCGGCAAACCGCACAAGUGUAACUACUGUGGGCGGAGUUACAAACAGCGGACAUCUUUAGAGGAACAUAAAGAGCGUUGCCAUGGUUACCUGCAGGGUAUCGGCUUGGAUCCUAAUGUCAACAGUGGGCCUUACACAGGUGACGUUCCAAAAGAGCCAAGGCCCAUGCCAGAGCCCACCAUGGCCACCUUUGAUCGGCCACCUGUUAUUGAAAGACUGCAUAGCAAUGUAGGCAAGAGGAAGAGCACCACACCUCAGAAAUUUGUGGGUGAAAAGAUGCCUCGCUAUAGCUAUCCUGAUAUGAGCUAUGACAUGGCUGUUAAGUAUGAGAAGCAGUCUGAAAUGAUGCCUCCCCACAUGAUGGACCAGGCUAUCAACAAUGCCAUCACAUACCUGGGAUCAGACACCCUACGCCCCAUGCUCCACCAUCCAGGUCCUCCACUUUCUAUGGCUGAGGUGGUGCCUAUUGUGAACCCACUCUUCCCCCAUGUCCUGCCACUGAGCCAACGAACAGAACGUUCAGGAAACUGUGACACACUACCAACACAGCCGCCUCAGCCCCAUGAGUUCCCCGGUCAUCCCACCUCAAAUGGCCCCACUGGUUUAACAAGGCCAGGUAAGCAUCCCCAACAAGGGCAAGAGGAGUCACCCAGCAACAGUGGUGUUGAAUCUGCUGACUCAGCUCGCAGCAGCCCUCAGGAAAGGCAGGGAUACCAUGGCAGCAAUGCCCCCGUGGGCCUCAGGUCUCGUGGCAGUCCAGCAGUGGUCUUUUCAGGUGAGCGGAUGAGAGAUGCAUCACCUAGAAGUGGGGCAGGAUUCGGGGUUGGGAUAAUGCGACUGGCAACAGAGAGGCCUGUGAGCCAGGAAGGGAUACGGGUGUUUGGACGGGAGGGCCAGGAAUUAAGGGCCUUCCAGUGUGAGCACUGUCGAGUGCUCUUCCUGGACCAUGUCAUGUACACCAUCCACAUGGGUUGCCACGGAUACAGAGAUCCACUGGAGUGCAACAUCUGUGGUCACCGGAGCAAGGACCGCUAUGAGUUCUCCUCUCACAUAGUACGGGGUGAACACACCUUCCAGUAAGAGGAUGGGUAGAAAAUUGAGGGAUAGACAAAGAAGUGAAAGGAGCAAUACCCUGAUAUCCGUCCUUAUCUCCUCUGAGACUGCAUUGUUGAAUGGCAUUGUAGACAAGUGUAGCACAAUCACAGACUUUCUUUUUAAGCUACUUAUUGCGAAUCUGAACAGUUUAACAAUCACAUGAAGGUAUGGGCCAAAGACACAUUUUGUACUAUUUAAUUGCGAUUAAUGUAAAGGAAGGACUUUUUUUUUCUCAAAAUCUUACUAGAUUCUAUAUUAGAGCAGCUGUCAAAGGGCAUUGACAAGUGUUUUUCUUUUUUUCAUUUUAGUCUAUUCUGAAGUAUAUUCUUUUGUGUUUUCCCUCUCAUCAUGCUUUUAACCGUUUUCAUUCUGAAGACAUAAUGCAUGCAUAUAGAUGGUAUAUUAGAACUUGUUUCUGCCCUGUGGGCUCAGUGUGGUUGAUAAAAAUCAGUUUCAGAUUACUAGACAAACGUCAAGGCUGCAGGUGGUGUAUAAUGUCACUAAAAAACAUCACUAUGUUCGACAAAAUAGUAGCACUUAUUCAUUAUUGUACUUAUAAAAAAUUUGAUCAUUGAUGCUAUCAGAUGUUAGUAAAUAUACUGAAUGCAUUCUGGUUCUAUUCUCAGUGGGUAUGCAAGUGCAUUGCUGCCUAGAUUUAGAAAAUGCUAUUAGCCCCCAUAAAUAUAUACACCACCUUAUCACAUUUUGUAAUUCAGAGUAAAUUGUCUUGCAUAUCAUUAUAAACAAUGAUAAACAAUGUGAUUUCCUGUGCAAAAGCUCAGGAGAGUCUUUUAGUUAUUGCUAUCUGCCUAUCUGAUAAUGAGCAGUUGAAAAUAUUGAAGGCAUUAUUAUUGUAUUAUGUUACUUUAACUCUCUGCAAAUGGUGCAUGUUUUAGCUUACCAUAUCAUACCACCCAUGUUUUUCCAUCUCUCAGGGGCUUGUAAAGCAUUUGUGAACCAUUAGCGCAGAUAAAGAAAACCACCAACUUCCUGUUGGUGGCUUGUCUAUUUUGUAAUUUUAAAAUCCUGCCAAAUAAAAAAGAGACUAUCUAAAGCAACAUAUGAAAACGACUUUAGGGCAGUGUUUAAGCUGGUAAACAUAGUUGAAAUAUCUUGAUUGGGGAAAAAAAGUGUUCUCCUCUGUUUAAGAGAAAAACAUGUUGAAAAGCACAAUGUCUAAUGUGUUCUUGAGGUUGCUUAACAGAGCACUGGAAACACAAUGAAUUAUCUCAAAUAUUUAUCUAAGACAAAUUUCAGUUUGUCUUACAUUUUGAAAUGAUCCUAUUUAUAGUUCAUGAAACUGAAAUUGUUGCUUAUAUUGAGACAUAUUUUUCUCUGUUAUAAUCAGUCACCAUUUAAAUGCAAGAGGACAUAAGAAAAAUCACUCUGAAAGUUAAACAUAAAAACUGUUGCCUAGUCAUUCUUGUUGUAUCUGUGACUUUUAAAAGUUCAGUUGAGGGCGUCUUUUUUCAAUUGUUUUCUUUCUCUACACUUUCAGGGUAAGAUGUCCAAAUACCUUUUUAAUUUCCUUUGUACUUCUGCGGAAUACUACUGUGUCCUGUUGACUCAGACAUUGUGUUGCUUACAGUUUGAGUGCACUGCUAUAUUCUUAAACUUUGAGUAUAAAAAAAAACAACUGUCAGAAAUGUUGUCCACAUGGACAAAAAAAGCAUGAUGGUGGUAUAGAAGCCCUUAACAAUCUUGAAGUCAUUUAACUACCUGGCUGCAGUAUGAUUCUUUAUGGCAGUGGAUACCAAAGUGACAGCACUGGAUGUUCUCUAUUGUACCUCACUUUGUGCUUUACUGUAUGCCUUUCCUUUUGAUCUAAUCCACUUUUUGAAUUCAUUGGGAUGGUCUGUCUGUCUGUGCAUGUGUAAUAUAUUCUUUCAUCCUGUUUGUAGACAUGACUAAUAUGGGGAAGUGUAUUUUUUUCUAAGGCUAAAUUCCUAAAAUUGUCAUGUGAUAAUAUGGUAUUAUCGACCUGAUCUUGUUUGUUUAAGGCUGCCCCUUCUCCGCUCCUCAUAAGCCCCAUCUCCCACACAGAUACACACUAAUGUCUGUUCCUCUUCCUCAUUUUCUGAAUGUUACUCUUUGCAUCGCCAUAAUGUCACCAAGUUCAUGUAUGACCUUUUACAAAGGGGACCACGAAAGAGACAGCAUGAGCAGGAGGCGGAGUUAAAGAAGCGUACCACGUACUACUACUCUGAAGGCUCUUCUGAUAGUUGUAGCAUCCCAAAUCUAUAGAGUAGGAGUAUUACAACCUCCAUCAUUUAGCAGUACAUUGUCAAAGCCAGUUCUUUCAAAGUUACUGUCUCUGCUGUGAAAGGACUCCGAUAAGACUGUGCUUGGUACAGUUGUUCAUGCACUUUAUGUCUCUUUAAAGCAGAAAUGUCAAAUGUUUUCUAGUUUUAAUUUUUAAGUGUUGUGACUGUUUCAAACGAUCAUUGUCAGAACAAAAGUUAGACUUUUGUUUGAGGGAAAAAUCUUGAGCAGGACACUGGAAAUUAGGACUGUGUCGGUUUUUGCUCUGCUGCCUGAUGAACAUGUACUUUUUUUAAUGGACUCACAAAACCGUUGGCAUUAUGAGUUUUAAACAUGUAUUGUCUAACAUUAUGAGCAGGCUAUUAUGCUCUAAGGCUAAACUCAGUGAACUUUUCUUUUUGUUCAGUAUCUACUCGUAAUCAAAAGGCAGCUUUUUCUCUGUUUACAUGUUGCUUCUUUUCAUGCGCAAAUGGUGCCCAGCUUGCAUAAAACCUUACUAUUUGUAAAGUUUUGGCACUAGAAAUUGUUUACAUCUUGCAGCUGUGAUAUUGACUCUGUACAUUCCUCUGUCAUAUUAUUCCUAGAUUUUUUUUCUAAAAAAAGAAAAAAGAAAAAAAGGAGUCAGUUUAUUUAUCCUGUGAUAAAAUCUGUGUUAAGGAUCCCUUGGUUUUCUCUCCUUAUCCCAGGACAGAACAGAGCUUAAACUAAAUGUAGGAUAAUAUAUUACAGGGUUUUUUGUUGUUGUUGUUUUAUUUUUGUUUUUUUAGUUACUCUUUAGUUACUUACUCUCCAGGUUAUAUUUAGUAACAUCCUUUGGGGUACAGGUAUAUCACAGUUCCAACUAUUUACUUAUCUGUUGACAGAUUCUUGACUUACUCUUUUUCCUUUACUGAAGCAGCCAUAUAAACAAACAAACAAAAAAAACAAACCAUAACAAAAAAAAAGUGUCUUCUGUCAGCUUUCCUAGUGAGUGAGGACUUUACUUGAACGAUUAUUGCUAUUGUUACAGAUCGGGGGGAAUGUUUUUGUACAGUGUGGUAAAUGUCUAUUUUUCUGCUGAAAUGUUGCAAAUAGUUUUGUGAAUUUUGUGUGUGUUUUUUUUAUUUAAAAAUGUUUACAAAAAAUGUA